AAGAAGACAAUUCAUGGAAGGAAGAGGAGGGAAGUGUUGCGUCUGUGCCAGCAAUAAUGAGUUUGUAGAAACGGAAACCAUAGCAAGGCAUGCCUUCAGCUCACCAAAGAUUGGUUACAGAGCAGAGCACUUGGGCUUUCAUAAAGCACUUUGUGUGCUCUUGGGAUGGGACAGUGCAGCAGUCUCGAAUGGUAGGUGGGUUCAGCAGAAGCUGCCGGAUGCAAAAGCCUUGGCUUUGAAGGAGGACCUAGUUAUCUGGCCUCCUGUUGUUGUCAUACACAAUAGUUCCUUAGCGAAUGAAAAGCCUGAAGGUGGAAGGCAGACGGUAAUGGUUGAAGGUCUUGAGGCCGUACUAACAGGGAUGGGAUUGGUUGGGGGGAAGACCAAUGUGUACUGUGGGGAACCUGCCGAUGGGAGUGUCAUGGUGGUGAAGUUCAAGCCUACGUAUUCUGGUUUGCAAGAAGCAGAAAGGCUUCACAAGCUGUUUGCCGAUAACAAACAUGGGAAGGCUGAGUGGUGGAAUACCAGUUCUCUUCGCCUCAGCAACAGCAGUAAUGCAAAGCAAGAUCUAGAGCAUGACAAAGCAAAUUAUCCCUAUGGUUAUUUGGGAAAUGCAGAGGAUUAUGGGGUUGAUCCUUUGGGGUGAAGAGCAAGAAACAAAUCAAGGCUAUUGCAAAUGCUUCACUAUGAAUGGUCAAGGACAGUAACUCGUGUUAGUAUAACUUCUAAGGAAAAGCCCUUCUGGGGUUGAUUGAAUUUUGCAGAUGUCAAGAAUGUAGCUCAAUGAGUCUCAGCUGAGCCAGUAUUACUUUUUGAAUACUAGUAAUACCAGUUACUCAGCGGUAGACUACCUGUUACUUUCUGUUUUGUGAGCUUUUGUUGCGGUGGGUUUCUGCUUAUGUGGGGUAGUGCUUUAAUUCUCUGUGAUAUUCCCGCAUUAAUUUUGUAUGAAAUUUUUUUCUCCAACAUAUCAAACCCUCAAAAACGAAAGAAGGCAAAGAGAAUGUGUAUAGUAGGGGAGGGGUUCUAACGAGGACUAUUAAGGACCAACUGAAGA